AUGACAUCCAAUUCCAACUUUGGCAGCUCAAGUGGCAUAAGGCGCCAGCCAAAUAUUAAUACAAGAAAAGGCUGCAUGACAGGAAAGGGCGGGCCGGAGAAUGCGGCAUGCAGAUACAAAGGCGUGAGGCAGCGGAAAUGGGGAAAGUGGGUGGCGGAAAUCCGCGAACCCAAAGGUGGUCCCCGCCUUUGGUUAGGGACUUUCCGCACUUCCCAUGAGGCUGCACUCGCCUACGAUGAGGCAGCCCGUAGGCUUCAUGGUUCUAAAGCGAAACUCAAUUUCCCCUCUACCCAUCAUUAUCGACAAAAGAUCGCCUCACCAUCAUCUGCAACUCAACAUUCACAUCCAAAUACUAUUUCCCCUGUGGCCCGUCUGGCUGUUUCAUAUGAGGAGCAGCAAGAAAUUUUCGGCAUUCUUAAUGAACUGCCAGUGGUUGAUCACUCCCAACUUUGGUCCGAGGCACAAAGGAUAUAUUUACAACAUCUCAACGACCCAGGCCUCCUUGGACCUUAA